GCCGCCCAAAGUCCCCAACCGGGGACGUCCGGGCCCCAGGUGCGCGAGCGACAGGCCGGCGUCACCGCCCGUCCCUCCUGCGGGAACUCCCACGGGGCGGGGAGCUCCGACCACCCGCUCACCGACCGGGCGGGACGAGGAGGAGCCAGUGCCGAACCGGAGGAGCGGGACCAGCGGCCCGAGGCGAGGGCGCGGAGGGGACCGGCGAUGGCGCUGCGCGCGGAGGGCGCCCUGCUGCUCCUCCUGAUCUGCUUUAACUUUGGGAGUGCACUCCAUUUAGAGGUAAGGAACCAUGCAUAGUGCAUUGCAUUUUUAUAGGAAAAGACCUUUAUACAUGUGCAACUCUACGGUCAUACGAAAAGACCAUAGAAGAUACUCAUUCAUCCAGUUGUUAACAGUGACUACUCGAAGUACCUUACACACCAGAAAUGAAAAUGAGCCGCUUCCUAAACAUACUCACUUAGUGCGGCAGAAGCGAGCCUGGAUCACCGCCCCCGUGAGUCUGCGGGAAGGAGAGGAUCUGUCCAAAAAGAAUCCGAUCGCCAAGAUACAUUCUGAUAUUGCAGAAGAAAAAAGAAUAAAAAUUACAUACAAAUACACUGGGAAAGGCAUCACAGAGCCACCUUAUGGUGUGUUUGUCUUUGAUAAAGACACGGGAGAACUGAACGUUACCAGCAUUCUUGAUCGAGAAGAAACGCCAUAUUUCCUGCUAACUGGUUAUGCUUUGGAUGAAAGAGGCAACAAUCUAGAGAAGCCAUUAGAACUGCGCAUUAAAGUUCUUGAUAUCAAUGACAACGAGCCCGUGUUCACUCAGGAAGUCUUUGUUGGGUCCGUUGAAGAACUGAGCGCAGCACACACCCUUGUGAUGAAAAUCAACGCGACAGACGCAGAUGAGCCCAAUUCCAUGAAUUCUAAAAUUUCCUACAAAAUCGUAUCUCAGGAGCCUGAUAAGCCCGCAAUGUUUUACCUGAAUAAAGACACGGGAGAGAUUUAUACAGUCAGUAAUACCUUGGACAGAGAGGAACGCAGCAGCUACACUCUGACAGUGGAAGCCAGAGACGGCAAAGAAGGAGAAGUAACAGAUAAGCCUGUCAAGCAAGCUCAAGUUCAGAUCCGUAUUUUGGAUGUCAAUGACAAUAUACCCGUGGUGGAGAGUCAAAGGUAUGAAGGGACAGUUGAAGAGAACCGAGCCAAUGUAGAAGUGAUGCGCAUAAAAGUGCUGGACAGAGAUGAGAGAGGCUCGGAUAAUUGGUUAGCAAACUUUACAUUUGUGUCCGGAAAUGAAAAGGGCUAUUUCCGCAUAGAAACUGAUAAUCAAACUAAUGAAGGAAUCGUGAUCCUUAUUAAGGAAUUAGAUUAUGAAGAAAUAAAGCAUCUUGACUUCAGCGUUAUUGUCACUAAUAAAGCCACUUUCCACAAGUCAGUUAAGAGUGAAUAUAAGCCCACAGCCAUCCCCAUCAAAGUCAAGGUGAAGAAUGUGAAGGAAGGCAUUCAUUUCAAAAGCAGCACCAUCUCCAUUCGCACCAGCGAGAGCAUGGAAAAAACAAGCCUGAGCCAAGUAAUUGGGAAAUUUCAAGCUUUUGACGAAGACACUGGACAAGCAGCCCGUGUAAAAUAUACCAAAUUGGAAGAUAUAGACAACUGGGUCUCUGUGGAUUCUGUCACAUCUGAGAUUAAACUUGUAAAAUUUCCUGAUUUUGAAUCCAGAUAUGUCCAAAAUGGUACAUACACUGUAAAGAUUUUAGCUAUCUCAGAAGAUUCUCCUAGAAAAACCAUCACUGGCACUGUUGUGAUCACGGUGGAAGACAUCAAUGACAACUGCCCCACCCUGGUGGACCCAGUGCUGAACAUCUGUGAUGACGUGCAGUAUGUGAACGUGACCGCAAGGGACCUGGACGGGUACCCAAACAGUGACCCUUUCACUUUCGUCAUCGUUGACAAACCAGCUGGCAUGGCAGAGGAAUGGAAAAUCGUACACAAAGAAAGUACCAGCGUGCUGCUGCAGCAACGCGAGUGGAAGCCCGGGAGAAGCAACAUCCAGUUCCUGGUUUCAGACAGCCAGGGCUUCAGCUGCUCGGAGAAGCAGAUCCUGACGCUCACGGUGUGCAAGUGCCUGGACGGCAGCGGCUGCGUGGAAGCGCUGCGCGGCGGCCACGUGGGCCUGGGCCCGGCCGCCAUCGCGCUGAUCAUCUUGGCGCUUCUGCUCUUGCUGCUUGUACCACUUUUACUGCUGAUGUGGCACUGUGGAGAAGGCGCCAAAGGCUUCGCCCCCAUUCCUGGCACCGUGGAGAUGCUGCACACUUGGAAUAACGAAGGGGCACCACCUGAAGACAAGGUGGUGCCAUCGCUGCUGACAGCGGAUCACAGAGAGAGCGUGGCCGUGGGCAGCGGAAUGGGAGGCAUGGCAGCCAAGGAGACCACCGUGAAAGGAGGCAGCUCCGCUUCCUUCACCAGAGUGCAGCAUGACAUGUCCGAGGUGGACGGACGGUGGGAGGAACACAGGAGCCACCUCUCCGGGGGCACCACCCAGGUCACAGGGAUAGCAGGAGCCCUCCGAGGCGGCGAAACCGUCAGGACCACCAGGGCCACAGGGAUCUACAGAGACAUGGCUGGAGCUCGUGCAGCUGCUGGUGCAAUGAGUGAGGAAUUCCUAGGAAGCUAUUUCACUGAGAAAGCCGCCUGUUACACUGAGGAAGAGGACAGUCUCGUAGGCAAAGACUGCCUCCUGCUGUAUUCUCAGGAGGACACCGAGUCGCUCCACGGCUCCAUUGGCUGUUGCAGUUUUAUCGAAGGAGAGCUGGAUGAGCACUUCCUGGAUGACUUAGGACUGAAAUUCAGGACGCUGGCUGAAGUGUGCUUGGGCCGAAAAAUAGAUAUGGGUCUGGAAGUUGAGCAGAGGCCGGCACCCGUGAGAGAAACCGCUUCCCACUCCCUCUCCGAGCAAACAAGGGUCCAUUCAGAGAGUUCCUUCUCCUCGGCUGGGAGCGUGCAAGUCCCCACACGUGUGCGCGAAGCCAGUGCCGAGGAAAUAACUCGGGAAACAGUCACCGAGAGGGUUGUGUCCUCUAAGCAGGGCCAGCAGGUAGCCGCACAGCUCCCUGACCCACUGGCAGCCGGAAAUGUCAUCGUGACAGAAACGUCCUUUGCCACGGGCCCCACUGGGCCGCCCCCCACGCUGGUCCUGGGUCCCCGCCAGCCUCAGGGCCUCAUAGUGACGGAGCGGGUGUACGCGCCAGCCUCUGCCGCGGUGGAUCAGCACUGUGCUCAUCAGCACUAUGCUAACGAAGGCAACAUCACGGUCACGGAGAGGCUCAUACAGCCCAGCAGGGGCCUGUCCGGGACCCUGGAAGGCACCGUGCAUCUGCCAGACGGACACUACAUGAUGGUGAGGGAGCGAGAGAGCUUCCUGGCCCCCAGCUCGGGCGUGCAGUCCGCUCGGGCCCAGGCCAGCACAGCAGGCGGGGGGAGCGUGACCGUGACCGAGAGGGUGCUGACACCCGCUUCCACCCUGCAGUCCAGCGCCCCGGUGGCCUCUGAAACGGCCGUGACGGCCAGAAGGACUGUGGUUACGGGAGCUGGAGUCCCUGGCCCUCCGCCCAGUUUCAGCUCCAAGGAGUCUGGUCAUUCUGGUUGCACUGUAACCACUGCGUCCACCAGGGUCUCCAAGCACAGCACCGUGCAGCACUCCUAUGCCUGAGCAGCCAGCACCUGCAGCCCUCACCCCUACGCCUGGGCAGCCAGCACCUGCAGCCCUCACCCCUACACCUGGGCAGCCAGCACAGCACAUCCCUCCCCCCUAUGCCUGAGCAGUCAUCGCAACGCAGCCCUCACCCCUACGCCUGAGAUGCCUGCAGUCUCCCAGAGGUCAACAGCAGUAACUGUCUCCCGUUUCCAGGGGACCUGCCUUUCAUGAGCCUUCCAGACGAGAAGCACGUACACAAAGUUAAAGUGUCUCCGUCACUGACAGACAGCGGCCCUGGCUGGCUCAGCGUCCAGGAGGCCCUCAGAAAUGCUCUGGGAUUUAGUGAGUUGUGGCCACACAAUAGUCACAAAGCAAGUUAACGAGAGGGAAUCUAGCUUCUGGGAAUUGACCAAAUUAACACAGAGCACCCAGGUCAGCAGCACACAGCAGAGCCAGGAAGCCACGGCCCCUGCACAGCCUCUUUCCUGCACCUGCCACACUGUCCACACUCACUCUCCCAAAGGUGCACACAGGCUGGGCGACCAGUGAAGGCUAGAGGUCUUCCUAUCUGUGUUGGGGACUGAAUUUUGGAGCACUGACAUGCUAAGAACACAUUACAUGUUUCUGUGCAUAUAACUAUGAUUGUGUGUGUAUGUUGUAUGGCCUUAAAAAUAGCAUUAUACCUCCCCUUUGUCUCAGUAAUCAGGAAAAUAUUGAAUACUUCCAAUUCAGUGGAAUUAUCCAGGGGAAAAUUCCUAACUAUAAAAUCACUUUACUUUUGAUAGUAAUAAUACACUAUUUCUAAAACCUCA